GGGUAGUGUGAAAUGGGCGUGGCAGCUGGUGGGUAUGAAGCAGGUAUCGGAGGAUGAAAUGGACUGGACGCGGAUGGGCUGCCUUAGCCUGGGGGCCGUGUGGCCGUGUGGCCGUGGCCGUGUGGUGUGGUGGUGUGGGAAAAGGUGGAGACGCCGUGGAGUUGAGCCUGUGAGGUGGGGUCUCGUCCGGGUAACGUGAGAUACGUAUCUUUCCUGCCUUGCCUUCCAUUUCUUUUACCGUACCUACCUUACCUUACGGAGUACGGAUACUGCCCCCAAGAUGCCCCUACGGAUACGCUUUGAGAUGAC